AUUCCCAUACGAUUUCUCUCAUAUCGCUGCACGUAUUGCCCCGAUCAUGUGUGGUGUAAUUUCCUACGCUUCCCAUCACUAAAGCAGCGCUUCCCUGGCGCUGUUUUUGUAGACCACUGUACCUCCAUCGAACGCUUGGCUUUCUGCAAAAAACCAUGAGACAAUAACAUUUCCGACCGUUCCGACUGAGCGCAUAUUUUAUAUGUUAUUUUAUGUGUAAAUGUUUGCAGCCGCCGUAUGACUGAGUUUUCAUAAAUAGAAGAGAACUGAGGUUUAUUUUUUUCACGCUGGCUCCGGUGCCGCGCGAUGAAACCACGCAUGUGUUGAUCUGUGCUGCAGCAACGUGCAUCAAUUCCUCUUUGACCCCAGAGUUAAUCUGCAUUCAGACAGAAGCUCCAAUGUAUUUCCUAGCUGCUGGAUUUUAGGGUUUUCUGGGGCUGCUGUAUUUAUGUAAUUUUUUUUGCAAUUAUUUCUUAAGAUCUGGAAAGCUUGCUUUGAUUCGGUAGGUUUUGUGGCCGCUUCCGCAACGCAGCAGAUCUCGUUUUGAAACCAGAAAGCUAAUGCAACCUGCUAUGUGCGUAAUGUUUCACAGCGAAGAUACACAGUAAAUAAAGGGACACGUCCAUCUGUAACAGAGGAAAAAAGAAGACGGUGAUCAUGGCUCCACCAAAUUUAUCAUUCAAAUGCUCCACUGCGAUGGCGAAGCCUGUUCACUCCGUAAAGAUAAUUCUCUGGGUAUUUCUAAUCGCUAAUCUUCCUACAAGUUCUCUCCAGACCGAAAAUGAUGAUGAUGAAGUGUCGAACAAAACGUGGGUGUUGACUCCGAAAGUGUAUGAGAGCGAUGUCACUCACAUCUUAAACAGCUUAUUAGAUGGCUAUGAUAACAAGCUGCGACCAGAUAUAGGAGUCAAACCAACUGUAAUCCACACUGACAUGUUUGUAAACAGCAUUGGUCCAGUAAAUGCCAUUAAUAUGGAGUACACCAUUGACAUCUUCUUUGCCCAGACCUGGUAUGACAGACGGCUUAAGUUCAACAGCACCAUGAAGGUGCUGCGGCUCAACAGCAACAUGGUGGGGAAGAUCUGGAUCCCCGACACCUUCUUCCGCAAUUCCAAGAAGGCUGACGCCCACUGGAUCACCACGCCCAAUCGCAUGCUGCGAAUCUGGAACGAUGGCAGAAUACUCUACACACUACGGUUGACCAUCGAUGCUGAGUGCCAGCUUAAACUGAACAACUUUCCAAUGGAUGAACAUUCCUGUCCCCUGGAGUUCUCAAGCUAUGGCUACCCGAAAGAGGAGAUCAUCUACAGGUGGAAAAGGAGCUCUGUGGAAGUUGGCGACAUCCGCUCCUGGAGGCUUUAUCAGUUCUCCUUUGUGGGUCUGAGGAACACCUCUGAAAUCGUGAAGACUGUGUCAGGGGACUAUGUUGUGUUGACCGUCUUCUUCGAUCUGAGCAGGAGAAUGGGCUACUUCACAAUCCAGACCUACAUCCCCUGCACCCUCAUUGUGGUUCUGUCCUGGGUGUCCUUCUGGAUCAACAAGGAUGCCGUCCCGGCCAGAACAUCUCUAGGUAUCACAACUGUGCUGACCAUGACCACGCUCAGCACCAUCGCCAGAAAGUCCCUGCCCAAGGUGUCGUACGUGACGGCCAUGGACCUCUUCGUGUCCGUCUGCUUCAUAUUCGUUUUCGCCGCUCUGAUCGAGUACGGAACGCUACACUACUUUGUCAGCAACAGAAAGCCCAGCAAAAACAAGGACAAGAAGAAGAAAAAUCCACUCCUUCGGCUGUUUUCCUCAAAGCAGACCCCCACGGUGGACAUCCGCCCUCGGUCGGCCACUGCCAUCCAGAUGAACAAUGCCACGCACAUGCAGGAACGGGAUGAGGAGUACGGCUACGAGUGCCUGGACGGGAAGGACUGCACCAGCUUCUUCUGCUGUUUCGAGGACUGCCGCUCGGGGGCGUGGCGGCACGGCCGGUUGCACAUCCGCAUCGCCAAAAUAGACUCCUACGCCCGCAUCUUUUUCCCCACCGCAUUCGGUCUCUUCAACCUGGUCUACUGGGUCUCCUACCUUUACCUGUAGAUCCAGCGUGUAGCUGGCCUUAGUCUACUACUCUUUGCAAGACCAUACCUUUUUUGGCCUAACGAAAUCUAAACGACAACAACAACAACAACAACAACAAAAAAACAGCUUGCAGUUUGUCUGUAAUAAUUUAUUUGUUCGUUUCUCUCUGUCUGUUUCUUUUGAAACAAGCAUUUGUCUAGGUGGAAGAAGCAAAUGUUGUAGCAAAACCAAACAAGGAGAAGGAAGGGGAGGGAUGAAGAUUACGCUGAUGAUAAUGAUGAUGAUGAUGAUGAUGAUGAUGAUGAUGAUGAUGAUGAUGAUGAAGGCAGUGGUGUGUUUAUGAGUCUUUGGAAUGUGAGGGUAGAACGGGGACUGGAGACUUCUUGGAUUCCUCACCGCCUCGGCAGGGUAGGGGUUUCGUUACUCCUCCCAGUCAGAGAGUGGUGGUUCAGGGCCAGUGAAAAUGGCACUGUAUGACACUGUGUCCUUCUACAGUACAGCCCGGGGUACCUGUGUCCGUGAGCUGCCCUUAAACAAACAUGUCCCUGGCCCCAGAGUUCCCUUCCCCGCUGCUACCACAAAUCUCCCCUCUAAUAUGGCGACCUAAACACUAAAAAGCAAUAAAACCAGUACCCCAUUUUAUUAUUAUUAAUUGCAGUAUUAUCAUUUAUUGUUUAUGGAUUUAUGCAAGGGCACAUUUGCAUUGUAUGGUUUACAACCAUAACAACAUUCCCCUUAAAGGCAGCGUGUAGCUGGUGCAUUGUAAAUUACUUCAGAUCAAUCCCCAAUUGAGAGGUGUUUCUGAUGUGCAAGAAACUCCAGAACAAAACCUCAUCUGAAAUUUGUGUGACCAUUUAUGUCCACCCCCCUCCCCACCCCCACCCCCAACUCCAAAAUCCUCCUAUCCUCCCUCCUCUCCUCAAAAUACACUCCCUUUAGGGGUCUGUUUUUCUGGAAAAAAAAAAUAUCUGUAUGUUGUUGUUUUCUUCCUCAGUUAUUUUAACAGUAUACAUAUAAAUGUAAGAUUUCAACAGACCAGGAUUUAAAAGCACUUUAACAGUGGUAGGACUUAAAUAGUGAGUAUUAUUUUGAAAACUAUUGAUAUCUACACAACAGGUUGAUGCUGUGUAAGGGCAGUGCAUUCUCGCUUUUCAGUGUGUGGUCAGGGCUAUACAAAUAUAUGGUCUACGAUCAACUGUACAGACACUGUAAAUAUUUUAAUAUAACGUAGUGGUUUACAUUUAUUGCAUGCACCUUUCAGGCCAAAAAAUGAAUAUAUGUAUUGAGGUCUUCUACUGUUGUCUAUGGAAAUUUAAAAAAAUAAAACUGCUACACAUGCAAGUCAGUGUAAUUGGGAAAACAUGAGAAAAUGCGUAUACAGCCAUGUAUACAUAUAUGUCCAAUAAGUUGAAAAUCUUGGCAUUUCUCCUGCAGUGGGUCUUUUUUUUGACCGCAAGGAAUCACAAGCUUACAGCUUUUUGAUGUCUGACAUUGCAGAAAUGAACCUUUUUCAUCAAGUGUUCUGAAGACAUUAUAAUUCCCAGUCCUUGCCAAUGCUGGCUUUGUAAAAGGAAAUGCAUAUGAUUGGUCAUGAUGCAGGUAGAGUAUGCAUACUAUCGAGAAU